ACGUAAAUUGGUGUCUCUGCCAGAUUCUGGAGACAUCUCGAAAGACAAUGCAAGAAUCCACACUCACACCCUCCACUGUGUGCCUUUUUUAUUAAAGUAACUUCCCAGAAUUCUCCAUCUCUUUAUCCAUCCUUCUUCUCACCAUAAUUUCCCCACUUCAAUCUCUGAUUAUUACAGUAGCUGCGGGUUCUUGUUUGUUUGAAUUUUUGCCCCUUUUCUUACCAGUAUUGCAGCCGGCUAUAGGGGUUUGGUGAAGAUUUUUUUUUUUUUGAAAGAAACAAGGAGUGAUGGAGGGGUAUUUGCCGUUGAAGUUGAAGAGGAAGGACCUGGAAGACGUCAAUGAUGAUUUCUCCGAUUUUUCCCUCUCCUCUCCGGCCAGAAAAAUCCGACGGCUGGAUGCUGAGUUGCCGCCUAUAAUAGAGGAGGAGGAAUGUGAGAUUCCGUUUGAGCACUCCAUGCCCCAAGAGCAGGGAUUUGGUAGCAAUUCACCAGGCGGUCUGAAGAUUGAGGAACUACCGCCGGAGCCGAGUAAUGAAGAGAGGGCGAUUGUUCUUUUUAAGCCCAUGAACACCAGUCCGCUCCUGCAAUCUCCCUCCAAUUUCACUGUGUCUGUCAAUCCUCACCUCAUUUCGGGGUUCAAAAUCUGUGUAUGUUAUGUAGAUCAACUCCUGUGGUCAAGCCAAUCAAACUCUUGGAGACUAGCCGAUGACGAGGCAGUGGAGAACAAUAAAUCUGGUUCAAGUAACGGGUGUCUUGCUGUUGUUCCAUGGGUCCCAUCACAGUUCCCUUCUGCACCAGGAGCUGGAUUGCCUCCUGAAAUUGAUAGUCCUGAAAUGAUGGAUGCUCAAGAGGUGGAAGCAUCGAGGAUGGAUAUUGAAGAUGGUAAUGUCGACCAAAGGAAUGUCAAUGAUGCUGGUGGAAUAAAUGUAAGUGAAGGCUUCCAUCAAUGGCAGCAGCAGCAGCAGCACUGCCUGAUUCCACAGCCGCCCCACAACACGACAACUCCAAUUGUUUGGUACCGGUAAACAACCGUGAUUGGUUUGGCAAUCUUGUAAUUACGUGUAGUUAGAUUUUGGCUUGUAGGCGCUCCCCCUUCUCAGUUGUGUGGCGUAGUUCUAAGUAAUUCCGAAGUAUGUCGUAUGGGAAUUGUUGCUAGGGAUGUCAGUUGGCAUUUGCUUUAAGCUGAAGGCUUCUGGUGAUGGCUCCUCAGAAUGAGAAUCUUGUACAAGCAUCUGGUUUGUUGCUCAUGCUUCAGCUGUAAGGGAGUGCCUUAGAGAAAUGUUUUUCAGAUUUGGCUCUCAAAAAGCGCUUUUGAAGUAUUUGGGUCAAUGUAGCUUAUGCUUUUGAAACGGCUCAUAAAAGC